AUGGGCCCCUGUUCCGCCUCCUCAUGCUGCUGCCAGGCCCGUAAUCUGCCAUGUGCCCCCGUACCGACUCCUCAUGCUGCUGCCAGGCCCAGUGUGUCAUGGGUCCCUGUACGGCCUCCCAUUGCUGCUGUCUCCAUCGCCACACUCUGCCAUGUGCCACUUUCAGGUCUCCUCACACUGCUGGUGGGUUCCAUUUUGUCAUAGGGUGCUGUAUGGCCUCCCAUUGCUGCUGCCUCCACCGCCACACUGUGGCUCCAUACUCUGGUUUUGGCCCCGUGACUGCCCAAUGUUUUAAACAAAUGAGUGAAGUGUGC